GAGCUUAAUGCGGAGCUGGAGGCGGCCAGGGUCGACUUCCACUGGGGCGACGGGGUCUCGUUCACUGACUCUGCCGUGCCAGGUCGUGGAUCGGCCGCUGGGGUGCACUACGGCGCUGGCGGGCCAGACGGGAGGCUCGUCGGCUCCCUCGUCGAGUGCGGUCAGCUUGCGGCCGUUUCGCCCGACUUCGACGUCUGCGAGGUGGAGCUGAGUCUCAACAGCGGCGGUUUGGAGGGGAUCCGUUUCUCGUGUUCGGUCGACGUGUGGCCGCGAGGGGUCCCCGCUCUGGACAGUGUGCUCUGCACCUUCGCGCCGCUCAUGCCCGCCAGGGUCGACGAGCUGUCGGCAGAGGCGGACCAGGUGAUCAACCUGGAGCGGGCUCACCGCGGCUUCCCGCUGGAGGGUGAGGCGGUCCGAACACCAGGAGCCAUUGCCGUGGAGGGGAUGCCCGUGCCCGCCAUGGGCCCUGCGCUUGGGGCCCCCCGUCUCUCACCGACAGGCGGGGUGUGGGUCGUCGCGGAGCCGCUCGGGGGCCACGACAUCGGCGAGGAGUCCCCGCUGCCUGCGGAGGCUGUGGGGCUGGGGUCCCGCGACCUCGAGGAGAUCGACGGGGGCGUCGCCGUGCUCGAGCAGCCUGGGGCGGUGCUGCUCGGGGCGGCGGUGGACGGGAUCGACGUGAAGAGCCUUGUCGAUGGCGAGCUCCUCCUGAGGCUGAUCCCCGAGCAUGGGGAGGCCGCGACAGGGAAUAUCGAGUCGCAGGGCUACGAUGUGUCGGACUAUUACCUGGGGAUCGACGAGCGUUCGGGAGGGGCCCAGACGGCGUCCUCGCUCUGGGCUCACGCCGCCACCGAGCUCAGCGUAGAGGCAGUGGUUCUGGAGGAGAAGCGGAAGGCAUCGGAGGCCAGGGGAGCGGGCGUCACGGUUGCGACGGCCAAGGCAGACCCCUCGGCCUCCUCGACGCAUGGCCUCGCCGACGGCAAGAAGCAGCAGGGGAUCGGCGUGGCCGCGGUCUCUUUCCCCUUCCUGAUGUUCCUCGUGUUCAGCGUCCUGGUACCGGAGGCGGCCGACGGCCUGAACUUGCUCUUUGGGUGCGACCCGCAGGAGCUGAUGGUGCCGACGCAGCGUGACGGGGUUGAGGCUGUGGGCGGCUGCAGCUGCGCGCAUAGUGCCAUUCGCCAGCACCUGUUCUCCACCAUCGCUUCGGGCACGCCCGACCAUGUGCAAAGUGACCACGCCUCUUUGCGUGAGUUGGCUGGAGUGAAUGCAGAUUACGAGAUGCUUGCGCGCGCGGUCGAGCCCUAUGACCCGACGAAGGUGUCCCUGCCAGAGGGGCAGGUGUCGCCCGUCGUCUUGGCUGAUGUUGUUUCCCCCGAGCUCGGCCGUAGCCUCGACCUUGACAACAUUCUGGCCGAUGCCGACGUGGCCGGGCAUCGUCUUCGCCACGAGCCCGUCGGGUCAUACACGGAUGUCCGAAUCAGAGGUGAUGAAGAUGUUCGUCUCAAGUUCCUCAGGUUGUCACUGCCAGAUGUCGGAGAGGUCUUCCCGCGCUUGCUUGUGCUGCCCACGGGGUGGACCUGGUCGUUCUACGUCGUCCAGGCUCUGCAUGCCGAGUUGCUCCGUGCGGCUGGGUUCGGCCAGGAGCUGAUAAUGUCGAACGCUUGGCCCGCCCCUCCGUCGACCGACGACCCAGUUGCCCUACCCUAUUGCGACAAGCCCACUGUCUUCGGGACGUCCAGGGAGCGCGUCAACCAGCGACUUCGGGAGCUCAUCGGGGUGUUCGAGGGCAAGGGCUUCGCGCUUCACGAGAUCUCCUGGGCCACCACAUCUUCGGAUAUCCUGGGCACCGCCUUUGACGGGGUCCGACGGACGGUGCGUGCGAGGGCCAAGCAGGCCUGGACCCUUCGAGGUGCUCUUCGGCAUGCCGCUCGAGGUGGACCGAUCUCCGGGAAGACUCUGGGGCGCCUCCUGGGCCACUACGUCAUCGAGGCCCUCAGCCAGCGGCCCGCGCUGUCGGUCCUGCGGGCCUCCUACGUCUUCAUUCGGGACUGUUGCUGGACCCCGAGGCCCCUGUGGGGCUCUGUCUGCCGCGAGCUCGUUGCCUGCUCCAGCCGGGCCCCCCUGCUCUCGGGCAACUUUGGACGUCCCUGGUCUACUUCAGCGCUGGCGAGUGACGCCUCGGGGAGUGGGUGGGGCGUGAUGGAGGCUGGCUCCGACAGUAAGGAGGUGAAAGAGAUCGGGAGGUGGAACGAGCGCUGGAGGUACGAGCGUCUGCCCCCGUCGGAGUGGGCGCCGCGUCGGCGUGCGCUGGCGGCCGAGCUCGACCCCCUCGUCGACCCUGUGACGUCCGACGCGGGCCCUUGGGACCUCGACGAGCUCGGCGGGGCCCCCUCGGAGUUCGCCUGGCGGCCUCGAGCGGGCUUCCUUGAGAUUCCGAAGGCUGCGAUCCUGGGGCGCCCAUGGAAGCGCUGGGGAUCGAUCGGUAACAAGGAGGGUAGCGCCGCCAUCAAAGGUAUGAGUCUUAAGCUCCUGGACCCCUGCCAGCACCACAAGAGGCACCUCGUCCUUGUCGACAACUUCGGCGUCGCCCUUUGUUUCUCAAGGGGGCGCGCGGCCUCCCUCGGGCUCCUGCAACUGGUCCGCCGCCUGGCUGCCCUUUCGAUUGCCGCGGGCGCAUGGGUGGCGCUCCGCUGGGUUCCAAGCGAGCGCAACCCCGCCGACGAGCCGCCCCGCCUGUUCGAGAAGCUCAGGGAGGCGCGGGCGAGGCUGUAUGAGGUGGCUGCGGUGGGAGCGGAGCUUGCCGCGGGCGGGGGGCUCGGCGCCUGCGAGCCCGCGACGGUCGGCGCCAGGGGCUUGGCCGCCUACCAGCACUUCGAGAACAUGUUCCGCGAGUGGCGGCGGCACCGCGGCAGAACCGCCGACAACCUCGACGCGAUCGAGGCGCGCCUGCUCGACCACCUGAAGGAGCUACUAGCCGCCAACGUGAAGCUCAAGCACGCCGAGAAGACGGGGCGCGGCCUGCUGCGCAGCACGCUCUCGGCAGGGGUGAAGUCGGGCAUCUGCGCCCGCCUGAUCUGCGACGGUGCGAGGUCCACUGCCAUCCACAUCAAGGCC